CUUCUAAGUUAGUGAAAAUAAAGGUUAAUUUUUCGCUUUCUGUGAAAAUUUUGAUUUUCAAUUUCUAAUAAUUCUUUCUACUUUGUUCAAAAUGCACUUUUUAUUCUGAUUUUAUAACUGGAUUUAACUUGUUGAAAUGUCAAAUUCAGAACUCCAAGAUGAAGAGAGGGAAGUACUUCAAUCCAUUUACGACGGUGAUACACAAUUCAAAGAAGUCUCGCCAAAAAUUUUUCAUUACAAGUAUGGCGAAAAUGAAAGUAUAAAAUCAUUUUUACUUGAGAUAGAAUGGACUGAGAACUACCCCGAAGAACUACCUAAAAUAAAUUUAGACACAUUUUAUAACAAACACGUAGUUCCUUGUGUAAAAGAAAAAAUAAGAGAAUUGGUGAUUGAACAGGGCACACAAUUUCUGGGCAUGUCAAUGACAUAUUCUCUAUUUGAAGCUGUGAAAGAAAAAUUUGAAGAGUUAAUUGUUGUGCAGCCUGAUAAAAUCGAUCCUUCUUCAAUUGAAAGACUUACUAUUUCUGAUGAUGUUGAAAUUGCUCAGGAUUCUAAGAAAGCCCCAAAAAAGGAACAAUUAACUAAAGCACAGAAACGAAGACAAUGGAAUAGGCUUGAUAAUAAAGGUGAAAAACCUAGAGGUUGGAAUUGGGUGGAUAUUGUGAAACAUUUAUCCCAAACUGGCUCUAAAGAUGACAAACCUCCAGCGUCAUAAUUUUUUUAGAUGAAUAAAUUAUUUUGUAAAAAAUUGAAUAUUUAUUAAAAUAAUACAAUUUUCAAGAUAUGA